AUGAGACUCUCACGGCGCGGGCUCGGGAAGCCCCAGCCGUCAUUCAUCUUCCUCUUGGUGGUGCUGCUGGCCAUUGCUGCUCGUGUGGUUGCGAGCCCGGCGGACGAUGCGAAGACGACUUCCGCUACAACGGAUGCCGCCCAGACCACCGCUGAUCCCUCCACCACUGAUAGCACCUCUAGCGCGAGCACUUCGUCCUCCUCUUCAUCGACGUCGACAUCCAAGUCCACCUCUAGCACGACUUCCUCUACGUCUACGACAUCUACAACCAUGUCGUCUACAACAACGACUUCCUCCUCGUCUUCCUCAACCUCUUCUACCUCCAGCGACAGCACAUCAACAACUUCGUCCGUUUCCACAACAACGGACUCAAUCUCCUCGUCUUCAACCUCCACAUCCGGCGCGGUCGUAACCGUCCCCCCUACCGCAAAUGCGCCGUACAUGCAAACCACAAAUGUCCCCGAGGGCACGGUGUUCAUCGCCGUUGGUGCAAUCCUGGGCCUGAUCGGGCUGGCGGUUCUCGCCUGGCGCGGCAUGGUCGCAUGGUCUGUCAACCGCUCAGUGCGGCGCGCAGCCCUAGCACAAACCUCCGAUAAGAAGCGACUCUCGCGACGUGGCGGCGGCAGGAAGCGCUCUCACGGUGUCUACUCCUCGGCACCGGGCAACGAUGUAUCCCUCGAUAAGCUCGGCGCAGCCACCCGCGCAAGCUACAAGCCCUCGCAGCGGGUCCCCAGCACGAACAGCGGGUUGUUCUUCUCGCCGACGGCUGGCGGUGCCGGAUCGCAUCAUAGUCUCAAUAAUGCGGGUAACCGUGGUUCGAGUUACCUGCCCGCCGGGUACUAUGCUGCCGCCGGUACCUCCACGCCGGUAAGGGAUGCAAACGCCUCGCAAACAAACAUUUAUUCUCCCACUGCUGGUCUGUCCUCGCCCACUGGAUUCCAUGCAGGUUCUUCCCCUUCAUUGCCAGCGGUCGGUAGCUACCCCGAGAUGCCGCAUACACGCCACUCGCAUCUUGGCGCUUCCACCAGCUCGCUAAAUCUCAACCAAGCGCCGCAGGGUCGCGCGCCGAGUGCAUACUUGGAGGAUCUGUUCGAAAGCCAUACAUCUCCCCGUCAUUCCGAGUCCGGUCUUGGUCGUCAACCUGACUCUGGUCGGCGAUGA